AUGUAUCACGUUUUAAAAAAAAAGUGUGAAUCGUACACAGGAUUCGAACAACUGCGAAGAGAUCAUCGAAUUGCGUCAAGUGACUUCCUGCGAAGAACGCCGGGAACCAAUGAAGGAGAUGAGGAACGUCUUCUGUCUCUCCAAGCGGAAUUCCAAGGCAAGUCCACUCGGGAAGCAGUCCAGCUUGGCAUGGGCGAUCUUUCAACUCGUAUUUUGCGUGGAAAGGAUGAAGUUCUACAAAUACACCUGGCGGGGGAGAGCCAGGCGGAAGUCCGAGACUGGAUGAAGACGAUUCGGGAUGCCCUUCGGUCCUUGCAUCGAUCCCAGAGUCUGGAACGUCUCCCUCUGUCCACAGCUCCCAAUACCGAGGAACAGCUCUUUCUUGAGUCCAAGAGACAGAGGUGCCGGAUGACAGAGGCGCGGAACAGGAAUUCCAUCUACGAAUAUCCGUCCAGCGAGGAGGAAGACCGAGACGGAUCGGGAGAUCACGAGAGGCCUUCUCCCGCCAGGAUCUUCUACAGCCUUCCUCACCUUCACGUCCAACACAACCUGCUCAAAUCGAGUUCUGGUGACAGGGAGCCCAUAGGUCAGGAACUGAUGGGGCAUUUAGAUGUCUGCAUCGCUGUCAUCCGUCAAGGAGGACUCAGGGAGUCGGUGGAAUACCUGACGUCCGCCCUCGAAGUAAUAAGGGAAGGACUUUCGAGGCUCAACUCCGAAUUGAAAGGGAUUGAAGAUGUGAAAAGGGAUCUUUCCCUCGUGCAAAGGAACCUGACUCAUUUGGAUGUCGGGACCAGGGAGCUCUGCACUCGAUGCCAGGCUUCCGCCUCCGAGAUCCACAAAAUCAAACAGUUGGAGAACAUAGGCGACAUCUAA